GGCCCCGCGCCUGCGCCCUCGUCGCCAGGACGAGGCGAUGGCGGCUGCGGCGGUGGCGGCCCCCGAGGUCCUCCGGGAAUGUGGCUGCAAGGGCAUCCGGACCUGUCUGAUCUGCGAGCGGCAGCGCGGAGGUGACCCGCCCUGGCAGCACCCCCCGCAGAAAACGCACCGUUUCAUUUACUACUCUGACACUGGCUGGGCCGUGGGGGCCGAGGAGUCUGACUUUGAAGGCUGGGCCUUCCCCUUCCCUGGUGUGACGCUGAUCGAGGACUUUGUGACCCAGGAAGAGGAAGCCGAGAUGGUGCAGCUGAUGGACCGUGAGCCUUGGAAGCUCUCCCAGUCGGGACGGAGAAAGCAGGACUAUGGCCCCAAAGUCAACUUUCGGAAACAGAAGCUAAAGACCACUGGCUUCAGAGGCCUCCCUAGCUUCAGCCGGGACGUGGUGCGGAGAAUGGCCCUAUACCCCAUUCUGGAGGACUUCCGGCCAGUGGAGCAGUGUAACCUGGACUACUGCCCCGAACGGGGCUCGGCCAUCGACCCCCACCUGGAUGACGCCUGGCUGUGGGGGGAGCGGCUGGUGAGCCUCAACCUCCUGUCCCCAACUGUGCUAUCCAUGUCCCGGGAGGCACCCGGCAGCCUGCUGCUCUGUCUUGCCCCUUCCGGCUUUCCGGAGGCCUUGGUGGAGGGCGUAAUGGCCCCCAGCAGGUCCGUGCUGUGCCAGGAGGUGGAAGUGGCCGUCCCCUUACCCCGCCGCUCCCUGCUCGUGCUCACAGGCGCUGCGCGGCAUCAGUGGAAGCACGCCAUCCACCGCAGACACAUUGAGGCCCGCCGCGUGUGCGCCACCUUCAGGGAGCUGUCGGCCGAGUUCUGUCCUGGCGGGAGGCAGCAAGAACUAGGGCAGGAACUCCUGCAGAUCUCUCUCUCCUUUCAGGGGAGACCUAUGUAAGCCACCUCCCCAGGGACAGGAGCUGGCACCGGCUCCAGGGUCGACUGUUGGCCAGGUGCCCAGCACGGGGUCUUUCUCCCCAGCUUCUAGCUUUUAAGAGAAGACUGUUUACCAUCCUGACACCACGACAGUAUGGGCCCUGCCUGGGAGCCGGUUGUGAUGGGACGCGCCUCAGGUCCUGUUUGACCUGUGCCGUGGCCGCCUGUGUGGCUGGCUUGUCAGUUUGAGGGCAGUGGGAUCAUUUGAGCUUAAACGUGUUGGCACCACCUUUCCUCCUUUUUACCCCUCCCUUAAUGAAGUUCCCUGAUACCCCA